AUGACUCCACGUCAGCUCUCGCGUACCCUCCCCAAAAACUUCACGUUUCCGUCUCUCAGUGCCGACGAGCCCAGAACCCCCGAACGGCCGUCCGCUUCGAUCGACGUUCCUCCUCCGCCGCGCCACUCUUUCUCCAGCUGCCGCCUGCCCCGAGUUCGCGUUCGAUCGGGUACUGAUGUCUGCGCGCGGAUGGAUCUGGAUCUCUUCCGGUUUCAAGGAAACCAGGAUGUUCCUCUGCCCUCUAUCGAGGUGAACCAGCAAAGUAUCGCACCAGAGACGACCGUCUCCGAUGAGCCUACCAACGAUAAUCGCUUCCUUGCACCUCCGCGCCAGCGUAUGGCCUUCAAGACACCCCCGGCGCAGAUUGCCGGCGCGGAAUACGAUGCCUGCGACACCGAAAACCAGUGGCCAUCGUGGGAUCAGACGCCGUCCGCGUACAACAUUCCCCGCCCCGAUUCCGCCUGUUCAAACCACUCUGACUCAUCUGUCGAGUCGAUCGAGACUUUUGCAUCGCGACCAUCGGUAGGAGGGAGUUGUACGAGUGCCGAGAGCGACUUCGACCAGUAUUUCCCUCUAGAGUUCCCCAAGGAACCCGAGAUGAGCUCUCCCACCUUGCCCAAGAAGCAUAGGGUGAUGCGCUCUCAGACCAAGGACAAGUCGUGGAGUCGCGAGAUGGACAACCACCUGUGGAACACCUACCAGAUGUACCUGCAGGACCCGACGAUGACUCCAUUCAAGAUGACCCCUGGCAGCAUCCCGCCGCUGGGUGUUACGUCUCGAGUCUCGCGCCGUGCCAAGAAGACCUGGGAGAAGAACCACCGCAUCACUGAGUCUCACCCCAUGCGCUCCGCUGACCGCAGCGGCAGCUCUACCCCCAAAGCAGCUGACGAUGCCACCCAGUCUGUAUGGCCCAAGUCUGACGCCAAGACACGUCGACGACUGAAGCUGUUAUGUCGUCGCAAGUUCUGCAUUAUGCCUCAUUAUCAGCGCAUGAUGCAGUCUCGUAGCCCGGAGCCUGUCGCAGAUGUGCUCGCCACAAACGCGCAGUCGCAUGACCGUGACUUCGCCGAUAAUAGCACCGCAGCUUAUGGCACUCGUGACCUCGGUGUCUCUCUUAUUUCCACCGUUGACCCUACUCCGCUGGCGCAGCUCGCCGAGGCCCCCUUGCCCGAAGAGCCCAAGACGGAAUGGUUCAACAACCCGGUGCAAGCAGCCCCCAACACCCACAUGCCCCCGCCCACGAACCAGCACCUUAACGUUGAGUCUGCUCACAAUAUCCCGCGCUUGGGAUCGCCGUUUGUGUACAGCACCUGGGGACCUGGAGGCUCGAACCGCCAAGUCCAAGACCUCCCUCCCCCAGCCCGGACAAUGCAUGUGCCCGGCCGCCGUGCGCGGCGCAACACCCACUUGAUGGAGAGGACGCCCAGAGAUUCCGACGAUGUAUUCUCCAGCGACGUGUAUGGGGACAAGGAUCCCUCCGACGCAGAAGUCCAGAACCGUUUGGAACAUUACCUCCGCGACAACAAGUUCCAGAGCAUGGGCCACGGCCGAGUUCGCAUUCGCAACCGCGGUGCCACCACGAGUGGUGCUGUUGGUCCUCGGGAGGUCAACCAGCUUUUCUCACCCCCUUCCUCUCUCAACUCAUCCCAGGCCGAGGAAACCACCCCUGUCACCAAGCCGCCCAAUCCAUUGUUGAGCCUGCAGGGCGACAACAUCAAAAGACUGGGCUCACCUUUCAAGCUAGAUGGCGGUUUCAAGCGUCGCGAUGCCCCUCGCCGCUUUGUCCGACAUGCACCUUCGCUCUCCGAUCCUUUUUCAAGCGGUGGACUCCCAUCUUACCCCAGACCUACGGUCAACCCCUCCCCCAUUCAGGAGCAGGAGAAAGCCGCUGGCCCGUCGCUGCAGGACCCCUUUGAGGAAGGAAUUUCCGAUGCCGAGCGUAUCCGCCGGCAAAUCCUGAACAUGCCCUUCGUGCGCCAAUAG